CUCUCUCUAAGUAACAUGCCCCAUGAGAACAGAAAAGAGUACCCUUCUACUUUUGCGUGAGGUAUAUGACUUCAAGAGACAGCCAUUCCUAAACAUUGCCUAUUGGAGUGGCGUGCAGGUGCGCGAGAAGUUUUCGAAAGUUUGUAAUUCAGGGGAGAUCACUCUCGGUUCCGGUAAGAAAAUGGCUGACGGACAAAGGACUUUCAAUGCGAACAAAAUUCUACAAAGUUAUAAACAACUCGUGGAUGGUAUCGAUGAAAUACUUAUAGGAACAAUACUUGAUCAUUUUUAUGCAAGUUCAAUCUUUAAUUCAGAGGAAAUGCAUACUGUUCAAGCAGAGAAAGUUAUAGAGAAAAAAAAUCGGUGUUUUCUCAAAUUCCUUCUUGAAAAAACGAAAAAUGAGGACAGACGUAAUAUUUCUAGAAUAUUUGAUGAAUUUUUGAACUGUCUGAGAAACAACGGUUUCGGUUCUUUGGCCAGACUCGUGGAAGAAAAGGACAGUUCACCGGUGGUGGACCCUGAAGUGGGUGCCGUCCUCGAUUGUGCUAAAGAUUUAGAUCUGGACGAGAGAUUGCUUGGUCGAGUCUUAUUGUUUGUGUCAAGUGGUUGGGAAGCUGCAGCUAUUGAAUUAGGGGUUGAAAUGGGGAAAAUUACUAACGCUAAGAAUAGUGGCAAUGAGUACAUGCAGAAGUUCGUGACAUUUAAUGCCUGGAGACGAAAAGAAGGUUUCUUACCCGGUGGAUUAGUAAGACUCUUGAAAGCCCUCAGUGAAUUUCCAGAGAUUGUAAACUGGAGUAAAAUGAAGGAAUCUCUCGAGAGCUAUCGUCAAGAAAAUUCGGUUCGUUCAGCUACGAUUCCCUCUUAAAAACCUAAUGGAAAAUUCCGAUGGAUCUGUGUUUGUAUCAUGUUGCGCAAACUCUUGGUGCUGGCAUUGGGACCAAGUACUGAGAAGCAGCUGAAAGCAAAAUCAAUCAAGAUAUCAGGUGUGUCGAAAGGCCCAACACCUGUUGAUUUGGCUAAACUCAUCAAAGAGCUCAGUUGAUUUUUGAUUAUUCAAAUAUAAAUAAAAAAACAAAACAAUCUAAUUUAAUGUAAAAUAAAUAACAAUUAUUACAGUUGUC